CAGUCAGUCAGUGCCUGGAUAUCUUUCGUGACGUUCAACAGCGUUUUUCUUUGCGUACCAAGCGCCAUAUAUAUCCAUUAUUCUGUGUUAAAGUGUGUUUCAUCCUCAGCAAGAUUUUUGCACCCAACUCUGUGCUCCCCAAACAAGCAACAAAAGAAAAAGGAAGAUAUUCUUUCUGUGUGUUCGGUUCUGGUCGCAAUAGACGGUGUGUAAUGAUUUCGAAAUUUUGAGUUAUCCAGGAAACUUUUACGCGUCUGCGGUUUCAUUUACGGUGAAAGAGUGGAUUCUAUUUGGCUGGAGCACUGCGAGGAGCAAAAAAAAAAAAAAUCCCACAGUUUGAAAUAUUCAUCGCUCGUUCCGCAGUUAAUUGUGCGCGACUUUUGUACAGCAUUUUUAAUUAGGGGAGAAAAGCGUGAAAAGAUAGUUGAGUGAUGAAUUUGGAAAUUCAACUUUCGUUGAUAAUGCGGAAAAUUUUUUGGGGCUCUUUUGUUCCCACAUAGAAAGGCGGAGAAGAGAGAGAGAAAAAGGGUUAGUCAGGAGGAGAAGGAGUGAUUUGGAGCCCCAUAGUGAUAUAACAUCGUAUGAAAGUUUACUACGAGGAAGGAGAGAAAAAAAGUGGAAAAAGGAAGCGUGAAGCUUGUGAACGUCGUGUACAUAUUCUGUAAAGCAGAGCAACAAGUUUCAUUAAUAAAGCGGUGUGUAUUUAUUGAUCAAUUAAAUCGCUGCCGAAGCCUUACGGCUGUCUCGAAUUGAAUCCGUGAUUAGCACAUAUCGAAUAGCCCGAAAAAAAUAAACCUAUAAUAUUUCAUACAGCAGCAAAUCAAAUUUAAGUGGAACGGCAAAAUUGAUUCCAAUCAGUGUCAGUGGCCCGGAAAAAAGUUCCGAAAAGAAAAUGCCAAAGAAGGACACUCUAGGCCAGGUGGAGCGAGCGGAAGUUGUUGGGGCCAUUCCGAGAGCGUAAGAGCAAUGUUGCUUCUACAUCCAGCAGCGAGGACAACUUUGGCGAGGAUACCACACACUGUGGUGCGAGAGAGUUCAUUCGAAAGGCAUUAUCCAUCGGCACAAGCCACUACGUAUACAUCUAGCUGUGUGUAGUCCUCUCCGUUUUGUGUGGACUGGCCACAGGUUGAGCAACAGCUUCCCCGCAGAAGAGUGGGCCUCAAUUCGUACCAUCUUUCGAAUAAGCUUUAUACCUCCUCUUCCCGCAAGGAAAACCCCCUGAUAAAAAAACGAAAACCAAGAACGACGAAGACGAAUAUCAACGGUGAGCCCCUGCGGUAAUUGCUGCAGCACAGCUAUAAGGCGAGACCACGAAAAUCCGGCCUUGUCAACAGCGGAGUGAAGACAAGCUGCGCUAGCUACCCAGUCAGAGGAGGAGACAGAGAGAGGAGGAAUGGCUAGUGGUCGAGCCCGAUUGCCGCCAACUCCGCAGGCCGGUGGAAAUGGUAGCGGAAAUGGCACCGGAAGCAGUUCCAGGCCGCUAGCCGAAAUGCACACCAACAACAAUACGUACGCCUUGGGGGCCGUCGGGGACAAGACCACCACCGGAUCCAUGCAGGAUAUGGCCGCUUCCCAUAUGCUGGACAAUCUGACCGAUCAGGAGCGGCAGAUUAUCCUGAAUGUGCUCAACCGGGACGAGAACGUGAGGCAGGCAGAUGCGGCACGAAUCAUGCUCCUCCGGGCCGAGUUGUUCAAUUUGCGCAAGAAGGGCAACGUCAAGGCGAUGGUCGGUGGUUCCCUGGAUAGGCCCACCUACAUCGAAACGACCCGUUCCUGCUCGCGUUGUGGCGCCGAGCUGGGAAGGAUCAUCAACCGGGGAGCACCGUGCCGUUCCUGCCGGCUGCGGGUCUGUAAGGGGUGUCGCGAAUUCUCCACUCGCACCACUGACUGGGUAUGCGUUGUGUGUCAUAAGCAAAUUGAGCUGCAGGCAGCCAGUGAAGAUUGGAUGAGUGAUUACGCCGACAGCGACGUCCGCAGAACUUCGGUCAUCGCUGGGAAGGAUUACCUGCCCGCAUCGGAUUUGAUCAGAAAGAGCAUCCGGCGCUCCUGGACGAUAUCCAAUGCGGAAGAUGAAAAUCGUCAAUCCGAAGGAGACGCCGAUUCACAGCAAUAUACACAUUUACCUCGUAAGCAAUCGCAGAGCAGUUAUCCAUCUCUGGUAAGAUACCCGUACGUCAAUCCCUGCACAAUGGCCGACUACGCACAGGAAGAUGAGUUCGAUAACGAACUCCACCCGCCAAUAGGGCGCCGCAUGCCAAGACAAUCUACGCUCCCAAAUCCCGAUGCCGGAAUGUUCUACGGCAGCAACAAUAAUCUGAUGCCACCAUCUGUGUCACCGAAACAGCUCAGCCCCAGUCCCCAGUACAGUCCGUAUCAUACGGACAACGAGAACGACGAUGCGGAUCCGCAACCGCAAACUUCCCCAAUUGCGGCACGAUACAAAAUCCGAAGACAAUCAACACUACCUUGUAGGCCAAAUGAAAAUCACGAAAUUGGACCCAAGCUACUGUCCACUUCGCCAAACAGUAGAACAAACCUGUACAGUCGAUCACCGGACAAAUCGGACGGUGAUCAAUCCAAUCCGAGAUAUCCACCGUUUGUACGUCAGUCUACUUUUCCAUCCAACUCCAGUGAUCCAUUUUUCCUGCAAAUUCAGGCUCAUUCACAGCAACAACAGCCACCACCUCAACCCGGCCUACAGCGCCAAUUGCCCACCUCACCCAAUCGGAUGCUAUUUAAUAAAUCCCCCGAUAGUGGUGCCGAAUCGGCUGGCGACGGUGGAAGCUCCGGCAACUCGUCGAUACCCCGCCGUUUUCAAAUGACCAGGCAAGCCACACUACCUAAUCCCGACCAGCACGUGAAAUUGCUUCCUACCUCCCCUCCCAAAAAACAGCUCUCACCGCACAGUAUCAAACGCUCACCAGAGUUUGCACGCCAAAGCACACUCCCGGCACCAGACAGUAUGAACUCGCUAUCGGUUCAUCAGCACGGACCAAAAUUCAUGCCUAUCUCACCAAGACAAAAGCAAUCUUUUUUAUUUCCACAACCAGCACCUGCACCACGUCCUUUUCUUUCACAACAGCAUUUCCCAACGAUGGCCGAUGAGCUAUCGUCGACACCUCAACAAAACCCAAGCACUCCGAGUGGUAGUGUUGGUGGCCCCGGCGGUAGCACUGGUGGUCCACAUCACGCUUCCAAGAUGAUUAAAGUACGUAGCCAUAGUAACGAAGAGUACAGUCUCAAUAGAGGAGGAGCUGGAAUGCCAAGCGAAGGACGCAGGUUGCUGCCCGAAAUUCCGAGCAAUCGUUCGCCAAGACUGGUACGUCAAGAACACGUUAGAGAAGACUCAGUAAACUCAGAAAAACGAUCUCCCAAACAGAAAACUUUUGCCGAAGCGAAACAAGCCAUGAUGGACGACUACGACCUAACGAACGACUCGACCACGCAGCUGAACUUCGACGAAGACGAGGAAGCGAGCUUCUACAACAACGAGGAAAACUACGACACCUACAACAUCGACCGGCGGCUACGCUCCGGAAUGGUACCGGCCAGUACGAUCAAGAGUGCCGAGAGCUUCCUGAACGAUUCGAGUCCGGAGUACUUCUGUCCGGAGGAUUACCUGAAGCAGGGCGGCGGCGUCGUCGGAGGCAUCAUCGGCAGUGGCGCCGGUAGCAAGAAGGAACGGGUACGUCGGCGAAAGUCGCGGGAUCUGCCGGUGGAACCGGAGACCGUGGCCUCUUCCAACGAGGACGAACCCGUCAAGCGGAAGCCGGAAACGAUGCGAUCCAUUUCGGAGGAUUCGCCCGGGAACAAAGCCAUCAAACCGACUCCGAGGCGGUCGCUGUCGCACCCGGAAAAGGAUACUCAGCAAACGCCGAACGCCCGCAAGACUGAAAUCACGAAAAUCCCCUCACCCCGGCCGCUUGCCGAAAUACUGGAACGUGCCCAGAAAUCGAUAAAGCUCCCUUCGCCGCGCCGGAAAGCGUUCAAAUCGAUGGACCAAGCGUGCGAAUCCGACAUCGUGGCAGCCCUGAAUCACCCUUUCCAGCCACAUGCGACGGCUUCGAUGACGACGACAACCGGCGGUAUGGUAGCACAAGGAUCUCCCAUCGGUGGCAGUUCCGGAGCAAUAGCUCGUCCCGGGCCACGUAAGAUCUCCGCCUUCCAGCAGAUUCUGCAGAACCAACGGCUGCAGAAGCGUGACUCCAAGAGUUUGGACAUCGUCGCGUCGAAGCUGAUGGAGGAGAAGUACGGCUACGAGGAGGCCGACGAGGACAAGUCCAAAUCGUUGGAUGAUGGCAUAUUUUGCGGCGAAAAGAACAGCGACGACAACAGCAGCGACGAGCAGAUCAAUUUGAUUGAUAAGAAGCACAAAACGUAUCUCGGCGAGCAGGAGAUCCAGAAUGCGGUCGAAGCGGCUGCCGUCAUCUUCAAGAAGGUGGUCCUGCAGCGUCGGGAGGAGAAACGCACCAAAGAUGAAGGUGACCAGUGCUUCGGACCCCGCCAUCAUCAUCACCAUCAUCCGUUGCCAUUCCUGUACCAGAGCAGUCCCGGAUCGACGAGAAGGCAAUUUUCCUACGACGACCCAACCGCAGGCUCAUCGUCAUCCGAACCCGACAGCAACCUGGCCAAGCUGCCAUUCACCGAUUAUUGUGAUGACUACCGGUUGGUGUUUAUCAGCUCGGAUUCAUCCAGCAAAGAGGAGGAAUAUGACAGCAGCUCGACCACUUCGUCCGUCUACACACGGCACAGCAUCGCCCUGGACGAUUGUGACUGGGAUUAUUUCGAGCCGGGAAUAAGCACAACCACCAAAACGUUGCUGUACGAUAUAACCGGCAGUAACUCAACUCAGCCCCACAGGAAUACUCCCCGGAAACGGUCCAUUUUGCAAACGUCGCCCCUCACCUCCCCAAUGCUGUACCGGAGACGGCGAACAAGUGGAUCGUUUUACCCUACGGCAUCCUACGACACGGGAACGGAUGAUGAAUUUUUAACUUACACCGAGUCCUCUUCAUCCCCAACGCGGAGCGAGGGCUUUCUGGAAAACUUUGAAGAUUUCCGCAAUCUGCAAAAGCUCAAACCCGGAGCAUGCAAAUGUGAUUGUGGGUUUAAGACUCACUACGUGCCCAUACCGGUCCCUGUGCCAAUUCCCGUGCCAAUGGCCACCUACCACAGUUGGUCGCAAAAAACUCCGAACCCAGACCAGUUGGACACAAUUCUGAGGGAGCAAAGCCAGCACGAGCUCAUCCGCCAACUGUGGAGAAAUUGUACCGGCAGCGGCGAGGGGACCCUUUUCGAAUAUAAGCCCAAUAACGGGACCUGCGUGCAUUCGCCAUCAUGCUGCUGCGGACCCAAGCAUAAUACACAACAAAAGGGAAUCAAGAAACCCAACAUUACUGCCAGCCAUCGUCAGGAAAUGGACCGAAAGAGUUGUUCUGAAUCGGGAGAAUCGUUGGCUGGGCUGGCUCAUCAAACAAACGAAACCUACGAAAGCAUUAAUGCAGAAGAAAAUAAGAUACGCGGCGGUGGUAAUGGAAAUAGUAAUAAUGCUGUGAGUGCGGCGAGUAGUUGUGCUAGUGCUGCUCCUCAUAACGAAAAGUUGUUUCGCAACAGCAGACACGGCCCGAGUCCGACUGAAGCUGAUCCAUUGGCUAGUAGUACCGAGCUGACCGUUGCUGUCAACGUUGGUCUGGACCACGUAGCUCCACUAUCGGACCCCGAAGAUCUUGCCACGGCUGCACAAGGAAGAGGCGAAUCUGCCGCCAGUGGUCAUAAAAAUUCGCUGACCUCGAGCUUACCAGAACAACCGCAGAACAUCAUCCACCACAUCAUUGACCGUCAUAGCAGUAAUAGCAACAACAACAGCAGCAGCAGCAGUAGUGGUGAUGAGAAAAUACGCGAAAAGCCCAAAAUUAACAAAAGAAACCCUAUAGUGCACCACCGUCGCAGCAGCAACAGCAGUCACGAUGCCAUUAAAAAUGAACAACCACUUGUGAACGUGCAAGUGCAAAAACCUGUACCGAGACAGCGUGGUGUGAGUGAAUCGGUAAUAACUGUACCGCGGCGCGAGAAAGAAAAACAACAACAACAACAACGCAGAAAAGGCGAAGAAGAACUAGUGAACCAGUCGAAAGAAGGCGACGACGACAGCAGUGGUAAUGUAAUAGCAGCACUGUGUAAUACGCGCAAUGAUACUGUCGUCUGCGAUGCCGUUGCUAAUAGUGUACGCUCACGCAACGGUUCGGUAUUGGAAGUGACCGCUGAGUGCAGUGGAAAACGGGAAAACUAUGCGGAAAACACAAGUGGUGCGCCGCAGCUAAACACUGGGGACGAGUUGAGGUGUGACGAUAGCAAUUCUUAUCAGUCGCUUGAUAACGGCAGUAUGAUAACACUGGGGAAGAACGGAGAUGUCAAAACAUCUUCCCCUUCGCCGGUCGAGGACGGUGAACUAAAAGGUUACCUGUUGUCCGAGUGCCAAUUUAGUUCUUCCGAAUCCUCCAUGGCCAGUAGCGGUGGCAGUGUGGAUGAUCAGGACACGAUCGACAAUCGAUCGAUGAAACCUCGUUCAGUGCAACGUAACUACGAAGUCAACAGCGAGCCCAUACUGCUGAAAGUGAAAGGUCUGCCAAGCAGUGGGGAAAAUACGGAUUCCUCAACAUCAUACAGUUCGUCCGAGGGUACGGACACGGACGAUACAGGGACCAUCGCUGACCGGAGACCCAAAUCUAAAAAGUUCCACCAGGUAUUGGUCGUCAACUGUGGUUCCGAUGUCGAGUCCAGUGACUCGGACCUUUCCAGCGGUACCUCAUCCAACUGCCUAGCCCAAAGUGCCAAAUCUAUCAGUGCCACCUCUACCCAGGACAGUGGUGGAAUAGUGUUGAAGCACAUCCGCCUGGUUACCUCGGAUGAUGAGAGGCAAAGUGAAAGUGAAGAUUUCAAGGAACGGAUUUCAGCUUUUGAAGGCCAACAAGAAUCGUCGGUGAGAAUGGACCGAAAAGAAGACUUGGGUGAAUUGUGCACAAAAGAAAUUCCCGAAAAUAGCGCAACCAGUACUCUCGCUGUAAACGAUGACGAAAGGGUGGAAAUGGAAGAAACAACAUCAGAAAAAGCUUCCACGCCGACAUGUAUCGAAAGCUCCGACUGUAUUCGUGAUCCCAGCAUAGAGCGAGAUAGCCUGUGUGGGGUGGAAAACAUAGAAUCGCCCGAACAGGUAACCGCAGAACAAAACGACCACAAUCAAGCUACAGGUACAACCACCAGCCCACCUCCAUGUGGCGAAGGUGGCAAAAAUAAAAACAAACACACCGAUCAGUGUGAAGGUGAGCCAAGUCAAAGCAUAGCAGAAGAAGUGCUGCCGCCACAAAUACCACCCCCCGUAGAUGAUCAUCGUACCGCGAGCCCGUCGACUACUGCCUCCUCAGUUGUAAACGAACGAUCGUCCAACACGGAUGUAAAUAACUCUCAUGUAGCAGCGUCCCAUGCUGCCAACAAUCGAUACAAGAGUUUAAUUUUGAUUGGCCCAGGCAGUGGAACGAUUUCAAUGGCAACCGAGUCGCCGUCACCUUCGUCGUCACUGACGCUCAGGAAUGUCGAACUGCAGCCACACGUGAGUAUCGUCACUAGUCACACGACACGAAUCGUGAGUAGUAGUGACGAUGAUGAUCAGUCGUCUGUCACGGUAAAGCACACCAACUGGAUUUCGAGGGCGAUGCAGGAAGCGGAGGAGGAGGACGACUACGGCGAUGACGUAGUCCAACUAGACGACGAACCCGAUCGAUCUCUGGACCGCGGUUUGGCGGGAUAUUUCAACUUCUCGCUAGAGCAAUCGUCACCGCAAACCAACAGGCGACCUGUGAAAAUCACAACGAACGAAAGUGCAAUAACUAGUGUAGUGGCGGAUAGUGGUAGCGGGAGCGUUUGUGUCAGUGUUCAACCAAGCAAUAGUAGUGAUCUAGAUGAGAGCCUUAGUGAAUGCAAUGUUUCGGAUACGAUCGCCACCAGUGAAAGUGGAUCAGUGAUCAAAAGUAGUCAAAGCACGGCGAUCGAGUGUGGUGGUAGUGGAAGAAGUAGCCGCAACAGUAACAGUAGUGGUAGUCUGAAUAACAGUAAUAAGAAUGAAGACGUAACGGUAGUCACAGGUGCGGAUACACUCUCCGCGGUAGUCUGUCUGGAAGAUGGUCUGGCAGAUGAUGAUUCGUGGGUGGAAGAAGUGAGCCAAGAUGAAGAAGAAUUUGCGACUACUACGGCAACGGAGUCCGAUAUGGACGACUCUGGGGAAGAAAUUUCGCUGGGUAUCGAUAGGGAAGAAGAACUUCGAGGGUAUCAUAGGGCAGCUAUUGAUUUUACUUUGCAUACCAUAGUGGAAGAAAGUUGCGAAGACAGUGAAGCUGAAUCUAACCGUACUUCGGGAUCAAAACAAAGGAACCGAAUAUCGGCCUCCGAGUUGGAAAAAUACUUUUUCUACGGGCUUGGUGACGGCCCUUCGGGAUCAUCCAUUCAGAACAUCCGAGAUGAUAGCAUUUCGGAAAGUAGUUCAGUGUGUAGCGAAGGACUGGACUCACUUGGCGCUGCCGAGGAAUCCCUGGGAACAUCAACCGAAUCCGCCGAUCUGGCAUCUUCGCGUCUGGAAAAAUACUUCCUCACAGGAUUUAUGGGUUUCACAUCGGAGCGAAAUGAAUCCGAUGGCAGUGGGAGCGUUGGCAGCGACAGCGAAGGACAUCCCAGUCCUGAACAACGACGAAAACGCCUCGUCAGAGCUCGAGGAGCCGGAAGAUCGCAGAGCUCCUCCCUAGACAAUCUCCUUACCAAGGAUUCCGAGUUCGAACAACAGCCAGGUGACAAUCAUGAGGCCUCCGACUCCUCUGAAACGGAUACCUGCGAUGAAUCCACGAAUCAAACAGAUAAGAACGAAAGUUUGUACGACACGGCGAAACGAAAGAAGAAAUUCUCUAAAAAGACUGACUCGGACGACUCGAAAAAACACGCCGAAAUUCAGCAACUAUCCCUUCCACACAAAUCCGACAAGGAUUGCUCCGAUGAAGAAAGCCGUAAGACUCCGCAACCGGACCUCCAGCUACCCCCAGCGAACCCCCUGUCAGAGAGCAAGAAACAGAACAGCCGUGACAGUGGCUUUAUCGGUAGCAACGACGAUUUGCUAAAAGACGGCGAAGCGGUACGAUCUCCAGAACUAAAACUAGAACUGGAAGAAAUCCAGGAGGAGAACAAAACUGAUGAUCUCAAAGAAGAAAACAGUUCCUACAAGGCUGCCCCGUCAAGCGGACCCCCUCCGACCAACCUGGUGCGGAAGGAUAGCUUCAACAACUGGAGCUCGGAUGAGGAAACCAAUCUGAUGAUGUCGAAGAUGAGACAGUUCUUCAAGACCCUGGUCGUGGCUUCGGCUAACAGCAGAGCUGCCUCGCGCAAUUCUACUCCGGCCGUCAGCGAAUCUAACACUCCGAAGCACGGCACGCCCGUUCCGAAGGCUCGUAGCCGCAGCAAACCACCCCAGCUGGUGUACUUCGAGAACGAACUGACCCGACUGAUGAAAACCGUUCCCGGAAUACGGGACGAACAGGUACGGGAGAUUGUGGAAUACCUCAGCAGUGAGGACACAUGGUCAGAUUCUUACGAUUCGUCAGACUACACGAGCUCGGAUCUCGAAGGAGCCGUAUCGCAAAAGUCCGUACUUCAACAACAGAUUUCAGCUAGCUGCCAACAGAUUAUCAAUAAGUUCGAUACGUUAGAGAAGGAUGAGGAAGGCGACAUGGGAGAUGGUGGGUUGAUCGAGGAACCCCAUACUUUGAAUAAGGAAACGGCUUUCGUCUAUCAGCGACUAGUGGCGUCGCUAUCGAAAAUGACGAAAGACGAGGAAAAGCCCGUUAGCGUGACCAGUUCACCGCCAUUGAUUGCCAAAGUGAUGCACCAUAUUGGAAGCCGAUUGGUGGCACUGAUGCAUGAAGUGAGCAGCGGAGAAUCACAUGCCAGUGCAUCGCCAAAGUCUACCACUAUGCGAUACCAUCAGCGGAAGGUACAACCGAACAUAUCGGCAACAACAACCGAGGACGACGACAGUACCUCAGAAAGCAACAUGGAGAAGAAUGAGGACUUGGGAUACAUGCUUCCCAGGAGUAAGAGCCAUGAUUUACUUCUAGGAGACCCACGGCCUCAACAUCAUCAGUCUUCCAACAGUGGCGAAAUGGUUGGGGAAGAGAAGGAAGCUAGCGACUAUGAACGAUUCUCCUGGAGAGGAAGUUUCGAGUCGGCACUGUUGGCCAAUGGAGAUUCCCGUUCAAAGCUGUCAAUUUUAGAUAACUCCAGCUCAUCAAUCUCGGCACUGGCUGCGAAACGUAGAUCAGCGGGAGACUUACUGUUCAACAAUCAGAACCUCAGUCGCGAACAGCUAGAUCGAGUUCGUAGUUGUGGUAGCAUAGGCGGUGAACGGGAGGACUUUGAAUCGUCCAAGCUUUGGGGAUCCUCACAGAGUCAGAAAACUCCUCGGCGGAGGUCCAGCGUUGCGGAUGACACCGAUUCGGAUGAUUCUACGCGAAAUGAUAACCGAUUAGCAUCUCGUUCGACACUGCCUCGAAGUCUUCAGAAUGCAAACUCGGCUGUCAACACCAAUUCGCUGCCGCGUCUUCCAACGUCCAACAUGCAGACAAUUAUGCAAUUAGCUCCGUCCAGCUCGGCGUCAACCUCUUCGGUAACGCCGAAAUCGCAAAGUGUUAAGAGUGCCCGUUACCGUGCACCCGGUUUCAAUCAAAGGCCACCAAGUGCUCCGAAACGUGCCGUAUCGGCACCUGGCCUGCAUCAGCCCACGUAUCCACGUCGAGAACGACGUCGCGUUCAGAGCAAUCUCAGUGAGGAAGCCGGAACGGUAGAGUCUGGAAGUUCGCCGCUGAUCGGCGGAAGCCGUAAUGACGCCACCGGUGGAAGCAACCAGGAACUAUCGAGCACUGGCGGUGGAGCUUCCGUUGGAGGUAAUGGUAAUGGCGGUACUGCCAGCGGUGGAGGUGGAAGCGGAUCAGCCGGAGGUCCCCAUCGAAGCAUUGCCACUAGUCCAAUCGGGUCAACCGGCUCGGAGCAUUGGCCAUCGCAGUCCGAUGAGGACAUCGAUCGGCUGGUGGCGUUGCACCAGAACCGGGCUUCUCUCAGUUCCCUGGGGGUGCGGUCCGAUUCGAUGGCCUCGGUGUACUCCGGUGCCGGCGAAGGACGCUACGGUACUGUUACGGUUCGCGGACAGAUCGAAUUCGGUAUGCAGUACAAUUAUAAGCAGGGCGCGCUGGAGAUUCACGUGAAACAGUGCAAGGACCUGGCAGCUGUAGAUACUAAGCGGAACCGGAGCGAUCCGUACGUGAAGGUGUACCUUCUGCCGGACAAGUCCAAGGGUGGCAAGCGAAAGACCAAAGUGAAGAAGCACACGUUGAACCCGGUGUUCGACGAGGUGCUCCGGUUCCACAUGUCGCUGAGCGGCCUGCAAACCAGGACGAUUUGGCUCACGGUGUGGCACUCGGAUAUGUUCGGUCGGAACGACUUCCUCGGCGAGGUGAUGAUGGGACUGCAGGGCAAAGUGUUCGACAAUCCGGCUCCGCAGUGGUACCAGCUGCAGGAGAGGAGUGAACCGUUUGACGAUCUGUCCGCGUACAAGGGGGACAUCAUCGUCGGCUUGAAGUACAUUCCUCCGGAUUCGGAGGGUGGAACGCCGCAGCACCAUCACCAAAACGGCAGCGGAACGUUGAAUCUGCGCAAGUUUAGCACCAGAUCGAUAACCUCGACGUCGUCGAACUCGUCCGGCCCGGGAAGGGGUGCACUGCACGUGCUGGUGAAGGAGGCGAAAAAUCUACAGCCGCUCAAGGCGAACGGAACCUGUGAUGCAUUUUGUAAAAGUUAUCUUCUUCCAGACAAGAACCGCAGCUCCAAGCAGAAAACGCCGGUGGUGAAGCGUUCCAAUUCGCCGGUUUGGAACUACACCUUCAUCUACGAGGACGUCUCACUGGCGGAGCUGUCCGAACGUGCGCUGGAGCUCACGAUAUGGGAUCACGACCGACUGGCGAGCAACGAGUUCCUCGGCGGAGUUCGAUUCUCGCUGGCUACCGGUAAACACAACGGCCGACCGGUCGACUGGAUGGAUUCCACCGGCAAGGAGCUCUCCCUUUGGCAGAACAUGAUCAACAGACCAAACUUCUGGGUGGAAGGCGCCCUAGUGCUUCGACCCUCGCUAGACAAUGCAAGAUUCACGUCAUAAUUGUGCGAAACCCCUGUAGAACAAUCCGGGGAAGUCGUGUAGUAGUGGAUUUCCCCUUCUCCCCCCUUUUUUAAAAGAUGAUAUCAGAGAAAAUCAUUCCAACUUUGUGAUGUUGCUUUACAACAACCUAAUCGUAGAUUGUAAUCCCAGAUAGUUUUAAGAGUAGUAAGGAACGCCGCGACGCUAGCAGAAGCAUUUUUGACAUUACCUAACCUUAUGAACGACAAAUGAUGCUUAAUGAUGAUCGGUGUUCAGAUAAGGACGAGGGAGAAAACUAUUGGAAAGUAUACCUUUUACGAAUGAGUAAGUUUUUAUAAACUUUUUUAUUUUUUCGACACUAUACCGUGAGUGAUGUUCGUCUCUUGAAACUAAAGAAAAUCAGAAUACAAAAAACUCUUUUUGUGUGUAAAUAGGCUAGAUAUACACAUUAAAGAACAAAGUAUUAUUUAUCGACAAGAACACAAAUCAAGCAAAGAGAGAUUCUUCUUUUCCCUCCAUUUAGUCUAAAAAUAGAUGUGAAAUGUAGUCUCUACAAAUAUUUUCUCCAGGGGAGGAGCUAGCAAGGACCCCUCUUUAGAUCGGCUCCUUCCUCCACUCUUAAUGACAGAACUAAAACAAAAGUUGUGAACUUUUCUCCGCGAGCGUGUAAAUACUUAUACAAAAAAAUAGAAACAGAAUCACUAUUUUCUAACGCUGUGAACCUUUACUAAAUUCAUGUUGGAAGCAAAACUUUCAAGAGCGGCGUUCAAUGCAGAUAAUAGGGGACGAGAUAAUUAGUAUCUACACUUAAAAGAAGCUAGAACAACACAAACAAAACUUUUCAACAAUUUCCGUUCCGAAUGAUUACCAUGAAAGGGCGAGUUACAAACUACUGAUGAGAGAAAAAUGUGUGACACUGUCAGACAGUGGAUUUCGUUGCAAUAUAUACACUUUAUAAUACGGUAGACGAGGGAUUUGAUGAAAUAGAAGAAAAAUAGCUGGAUUAUUUUUACCGACACGGAAAGGACGAAAAAGAUGAUACUUAAGAAAGGCAUAAACUAUUUACCAUUACCACAGAUAUAUCAGCGAUGAAUUGAAACCUUUCGGGGUAGAUAAGUGGCGAAGGAGCUGAAGGAAAACGACUGAUCGAGCGGGGAUUAUCAUAAUUGUGUAGGAAGAACAGUAGCUGUUCGACAGUUUUGAUGCGAAUCUGCAUUACACGUGGAGAGCAGUUUAACGAGUACGAAAGCAGGAUUGACGGUGAGACAGAUAAGACAACUCUUAUGAACAAACAAAAAAAAAACUUAGUAAAAGCAGAAAGUAGCAUAUAUAUAUAUUGAACAUUGAGAAUUCAAGCGUUUCUUUUUUCCCAGUAGAAGAUUUGAACUUUUUCGACGAGUAAUUGACAGUUACAUUAUAAACAUAUUUGAUGAAGAACCCCGAGAAAAAACAAUGUAGUUAUUAGACAGUAGAAUUAGUAGUUGUUUACGAGCAGGAGAAAAUCCAACUGAAGAAUCGUAUGUCCAAGGCUGUGGUACUUGCCCGAACGAGAUUAGUAUCAUUCGAUUUACUCCUAACACAAAGAUAUGCCAAACAUCUUCAAACUUUGAUUUGAAACGUUGUUGUUGGGUAAAGUGCAGCAGCUGGGACAGAAAUUGUGAAAAAAUGUAGCGAACCUAGCCGUAACAAACUUGCGAUAGGAAAAAAAAACUGUACAUAGGAAGACUCUUUUUGGUUCUCCCCAGAUUUCGUUGUUCCCACCUUCGACAAAGGUCGGUGCUGGUCGUUUUGAGGAUCAGCAGCCUGCAUCCCACGUAAAACGUUCGUGAGAAGAAAAGAAACCGAGUUGCGUUUCCCGGAAGCCCCAUUUCCUUUCAGCUCUUUUGAUGUUUGUAACCAUUUAAAAUAAGCUGUUUUGUCUGAGAAAAAAAAAGAAAGACACAUCUAUAUACUGUGAACUGUUUCUUCAUAUUUACAAUCUGUUGAGUAUUACUAAUCUACUUUAAAGAAAACUCACUUUAGUGAUAAACAACAAAAAACACUAGGGCCAAAUUUAAGCUCACUUUAUUGAUAUGAAAACAAAAGAUACAACAAGUUCUUCUCCAAUCUAUGACACGGAUGCUCAAUUAUAUCAUUUAUAGUUAAAGAAAUUAUAACUGAAUAAAAAAUGCAUGCAAUUCUAAUCUGUAAGCAAACAACCAUUUCGUACUAACUUCUUCUAAAAGCAACCUCUGUGCAACCGCAAAAAAAUUAAAACGACGAGCGAGAAUAGAAACCACUGCAAUUCUUAUGCUAGCUAGAUCGCUAAGGACGAGCAUGUUGUGUGCGAGCAAAACUCAUCACUCCAUAUCUACAGCCUGAACGAGAUACAACAGUAAAAAAAAACUCUGCUACUUACUCAUCUCAACCAAACUCGACACGAAAAACGAUGCAAAACAAUAAAAAUAGAAAGAUAUAAUUCAAACGACACAACACCGACGAAAUUGGAACAAAUUGAAAUUCGAAACAACAUUAAACAUUUGUCGAAUGAUACAAAACUAGUUUAAAACAAUAAACUUAUUUAUCAAAAAAAUGACCAUCAUUUUCUUUUCUUUUGUAUGUGUGUGCGGAAUUAAUUCGACAUUCGGCUUAAUCCCGCACACGAGCAUGUGAAAAUUCAACCUCUUACUUUUCCAAUUCGCAGCUUUUCACUUUGCGUUUCACCUUCACCCCUUCAUAGUUUCCGACAUGUAUCACAACAAAAAGAUAAUUGGUAGCAAAAAAACCUUAAGUACAGUAGCGUUAGAGUGUUAUUUUUUCCCAUCAAAGAAUAGUAGUAGUGCGUUUCGAGUUGCUUCAUUGAUCAAAACCAAUUAUAAAGCUGACACAGCAAAAAAUAACAAAUCUAAUUUUGUCAGUACGUACCAUACAUACAAAACCGACAAACCCGGUAGCAAACGUUGCAGUUAUCGCUUAGAAAAAGUUUUAGAUUUUUUGCCACAACUUUUAGAAAA